AUCCUCAACGACUAGUGCUUGAAAAUCAAGAUUUAGUCAAUAACUUAGAAGCCGAAAAAAUCACGAAAAAGAAAUUAUUAGACGAAAACGAGAAUUUAAAAAAAGAAAUUAUUGAUUUAAAAAGAAGGCUUGAAAGA